AUGUCCGGAGUGAAUUUAACACGAAACGAAGUGGUGCAAUUCGUUCUACGUAUUUCGCUGCUAUCAAUCGUCACCUACUACUCGGCGAAAUGGUUGAUUCGUAACCUGGAUCCCUCCAACAAGAGCAAAAAGAAAGCCAUCGAACACGCGGAGGACAUUCUGAGGAAGUUGGGUCCUAGUAUGAAAAAAUCUGCACUACAAAACUUGAACGAGUAUGAGAUGGUCAUUGCAUCACAUUUGGUAGUGCCGGAGAACAUUGCCGAAAGUUGGGACAGUAUUGCUGGGCUUGAUGAUGUGUGCCAGGAUAUAAAGGAAAGCCUCGUGUUUCCAGUGUGCCACCGUGAUAUGUUUGCCGGAUCGGCACUCUAUCAGCCUCCAAAAGGCGUGCUUCUUUACGGUCCACCUGGUUGUGGUAAGACGCUAAUCGCCAAGGCAACUGCAAAGGAAGCUGGCAUGCGUUUUAUAAAUCUCGACGUUGCGAUGCUGACGGACAAGUGGUACGGUGAAUCGCAGAAGCUGGCUUCAGCUGUGUUUUCAUUGGCGGUUAAAAUUGAACCGUGCAUCAUCUUCAUCGACGAGAUCGAUUCGUUCCUGCGUGCGAGAAACUCUUCCGAUCACGAAGCGACCGCCAUGAUGAAAACACAGUUCAUGAUGCUUUGGGACGGGCUCAACACCGAUUCCGAGUCAACCAUCAUCGUGAUGGGUGCCACCAAUCGUCCGCAGGAUCUUGACAAAGCCAUUCUGCGGCGGAUGCCAGCCCAAUUCCAUAUUGGUCUACCGACCGAAGAUCAACGGCUGAAAAUUCUUCGGCUUAUCUUGCAAAACGAAAAGGUUGCACCGGAGGUGGAUUAUAUACAGCUAGCCCGAAUGUCCGCCGGAUACUCCGGUUCGGAUUUGAAGGAAAUCUGUCGUAACGCGUCAGUCCAUCGGGUACGCAAAGUGAUGAAAAGCAAGGAGAUGAUAAAUGCUGUCCGUGCGGCGACAAACGGAACUGCCGGUGGUUCAUUGUCGAACGGUGGGUGUAAUGGGGUGGCACAGAAUGGAGCAGUAGAGUUCAGUACGCCCGCCAUUACGAUGGAAGAUUUGGUAGAGUCGUUGCGUAGUAUGAAACACUCCAAGUAUACAACCGGAGUGCUGAACGAUGCUAGAAUCGAUUUGGAUUAA